AUGAAUGAAAACAAGCAGAAAAAGCGAAGGAGAAGGGAGAAUGCAGGCAUUAUUGAAGAAAAAACUGGUGAAAAUCAAGGUGGGGUGAAGACAAAAGAGUUGAAGGAGAUCUUAACUUCAUUGAUUUUGCUUGAAGAUCAAGAAAAGAACGAGCAAGAAGAGUUCGCCAAGGCGAAUAGGGAAGAGAGGAUUCAAUUCGAGGAAAAUCAGAAGAAGAAAACAUGCACAAUGAUGGACUAUUACUCGAAAUUUCAAGAAAGUUAUAAAGAUUUGGAUCAAAUUGAUGGGGUUAGAAGAAGAAAAACUCGUGCUGAUGCUCUUGCUGUUGCAAUUGGUGCACUGACAGUGGAGAAUUCAGUUUCAAUUUCUGAUGAGAAUAGUAUAGAUAACCGGGGUAAUAUAGCAGCCAGGACUGGCGUUGGCCCCGGCCGGCGGCUGUGGGUUAAGAAUAGAUCGACUGAUUGGUGGGAUCAAUGCAACAGCCCUGAAUUCCCUGAAGACGAAUUCAAAAGGGCAUUUAGAAUGGGGAAAAGUACAUUUGAAAUGAUAUGUAAUGAAUUGAGUUCUGUUGUGGCAAAGGAGAAUACUAUGUUGAGGGAUGCAGUUCCUGUAAAACAAAGAGUGGCUGUAUGUAUAUGGAGAUUGGCCACAGGGGAGCCUCUUAGGCUCGUUUCGCAGCGGUUUGGAUUGGGGAUUUCGACUUGCCAUAAGCUCGUGCUCGAGGUUUGUUCUGCAAUAAGGAAGGUUUUGAUGCCCAAGUACUUGCAAUGGCCGGAUGAGGAGAAUGUGAGGAGGAUUAAGGACGAGUUUGAGGCGAUUUCCGGGAUACCUAACAUCGUUGGAGCAAUGUAUACGACUCAUAUACCGAUCAUUGCUCCUAAGAAUAGUGUGGCUGCAUACUUUAACAAAAGGCACACAGAGAGAAAUCAAAAGACUUCAUAUUCGAUUACAGUUCAAGGUGUUGUUGACCCGAGGGGAGUGUUUACGGAUGUGUGCAUUGGUUGGCCUGGAUCAAUGCCCGAUGAUCAGGUUUUGGAGAAAUCCGCACUUAACCAAAGGGCGAAUGCAGGGCUCUUGGAGGGUGUUUGGAUUGUCGGGGGUUCUGGAUAUCCUUUAAUGGAUUGGGUGUUGGUGCCUUAUUCGCAACAGCAUUUGACGUGGACGCAACAUGCUUUCAAUGAGAAGAUCGGGGAGAUUAAGAUGAUCACAAAGGAAGCAUUCGCAAGAGUGAAAGGGAGAUGGACUUGUUUGCAGAAACGGACUGAGAUGAAACUUGAAGACUUGCCUGUAGUUCUUGGAGCUUGUUGCGUUUUGCACAACAUAUGUGAGCUGAGGAACGAGGAAAUGGAGCCGGAGCUUGACUUUGAGCUUGUGGACGAUGAAAUGGUCCCCGAGAUUGGGUUAAGAUCAGCUAACGCGAUGAAAGCUAGGGAAACAAUUGCUCAUAAUCUUUUGCAUCAUAACCACACGGGGACAUCGUUUAUGUCGUAG